AUGACUGGUACCGUUCCUGGCACUUCUACAGCGCCUUCUGAUGUAGCCACAACUACUACGGUCUUCGGAACCGCGAGCGGUACGAGCACUAUUACGCCGCCGAUCGAUUGCACGCACCCCUGCACCACUAGCGUCAUCGUCACUGACGUUCCUUCGCCGCUCCCAUGCAGCGUGCAUGGUUAUAUUAUCCAGGCGGGACAGAAUUUCUAUGGCAUCGAUUUAUCAACAAGUCAAUUCUCGCUUAUCAAGAGCGGAAUUGCGCCUGGCGUACGAGGUCCAGGCGUUAUCAAUGGUAUUGGCUAUAACGUCCUUGACAGUUAUGUCUAUGGUUUUAUUCGCACUAAUAAUGAUACCGGUUCGGUGCUCAUCCGUAUUGGAGCUGGGGGCGCGUCAACCCUUAUUGGAUCGGUCGUUCUUAAUGCCGCCAAUGGUUUCCCUGCCGGACCUGUCAACGGAACUAUACGACCAAAUAUUGGCGACAUAACUCCUGAUGGUCAAUUCUGGGUCACAACUGGAAGCGGGUCAGCGGGAGGCUGGGCCCAAAUUGAUCUAAGCCCAGGUGCUACAUUUGCUACAAUAGUUGCUAUUGGAACAUCUCCGCAAUUGUUGAAUAUGCCUGAUUGGGCCUACGUACCUGGUGGAGGCACCAAUUAUUUAUAUGGGCUUGCGUCUUCCGCUAAUGCAUCAAUCGUCUAUUUACAGCGAUGGAAUACUGUUACCCAUCAAUAUACGGUUCUCGCAGACCUUGGCACAGCAAUCGGAUUAAAUACGUUUGGUGCCGUUUUCGGUACAGCUGAUGGAUAUCUCUAUGGCCAGAAUGGCUUCGAUGGAUUUCUUUACAGAAUUAAAGUAAACCCACCGGGAUCAGCUUUGGAAUUUAUUGCAGAAGGUCCAAUCCCAGGAGACUGCACCCACCCCUGCACGACGAGCGUUAUUAUAACCGUUGUCCCCUCGCCGCUUCCAUGUAGCGUCAAUGGAUAUAUUAUACAGAAUUCAACCAACUUCUAUGGCAUUAAUCUAACGACUAGUCAAUUUGAGCUCAUUAAUGCAAAUGUAGCACCCGGAAUAACAGAUCCGGGUACUAUUAAUACAAUUGGCUAUAAUGUAUUGGAUAACUAUAUAUAUGGUGUCAUUCGCACAAAUAAUGAUAACACCGGCUUACUUAUACGUAUUGGAGCCGGGGGAGCGUCUGUUAUUCUUCAGUCGGUAAUCCUUAACGCUGCCAAUGGUUUCCCGGCAGCCAACACUGUUCGUCCUAAUCUUGGUGACGUCGAUCCUAACGGUCAAUACUAUGGUACAACUCCAGCAGGAGGGUACUGGAUCCAGGUCGACCUAGCCCCAGGCUCACCUACAUUUGGCACAAUAGUUGAUAGUGGAUCAGGUUCACUCCAACCGUUUAAUAUGUCUGAUUGGGCUUACGUACCAGGAGGAGGUAAUUAUUUAUACGGGUUCGCGAGUUCAGACGAUAUACAAACUGCAUAUCUACAGCGAUGGGAUAUUACUACCCAUGAAUAUUCCGUUGUGGCCAAUUUAGGACCGCUUCCUAACAACGUCUUUGGUGCCGUUUUCGGCGCAGAAAAUGGCUAUCUUUAUGACCAGAAUGGUUAUGAUGGAAACCUUUAUAGAGUUAGAGUCAACCCACCAGGUGCUCUAGAAUUGGUAGCUAAUGGUCCAUUACCCGGAGGUAACUACGAUGGAGCAAGAUGCAUUAAUGCUCUCAAUCCUAUCUAG